AUGACUUCAACACACGACAGGGCGCCCUCCGACUCGCCAUCUAAUCGAGUUCCAGGUCAAGUAUGUGACCGUUGUCGACGUUUCUACGAGGCUGAAGGCAUUGAGCAGCGCCGUGAAACACCACCAGAUGUUUUCCAAUAUGCCACAGACACCGGCUAUAUACAGAAUGCAGCACUCGCAAUAUCUCCAACGAAUGCCAGAACUCCCCGGCCGCUUCCCUUUCAGCCGGCUGCUCAAGGAACAAUACUCCCUACUGCGCUCAGCUCAUCUGGCCAUCAAACGAGCACCACCCAGGUGAACGAGCCGGUGAUUGGUCAUAUGGGCCGUCUUGUGGCGGAUGAUCGACAAGCACCUAUGUUUGGCGGUUCAACUACAGGCGUCCACUUCAUAAGUCAAGCUGAACAGCAGCUUCAACUUCUCCACAUGCAUAAGGAUGCACUUCCCAGCUGUGCAUAUGGCCUAUACCUACAUAGUCCUUGGAAAGCUUCAGUCCACAGUUCUGCGUCGCCAGUGGUGGAUAUUAUCGCUCAACUUCCUCCGAACACAAUUGAGAUUGUGGAAGCAACUAUAGACAGAUGGACGCCAUUGUAUCCUAUUGUUCACAAGUCAUCGACAAUUGAUGCCAUCCAUGGGCUACUGAGCUCGUAUCAAAGUCGAGGCUAUGAUGUUGUUAUCCUUUACCAAACACUUGCUCUACUUGCAUUAGGAAUGAUUGGCCAGAAAGAAGAUUGUAUACAGCAGCACAAUCACUUCUUGUGUGCCUCUGAACCCUUUUACAUGAUUUCCACUACUUUGUUGGAAAGAGUUAUUGGCCAGCCAUGUUUGCAAAGCUUGCAGGGUCUAGUAAUCACACAGAUAUAUGUUCAGCUGUCAGGGCGCUAUUCCACAGCAUCCCACAUAUCUGGUCUAGCUACUCGACUGGCUCAGAAUUUGGGAUUGCAUCGACAUUCUGAUCGAUUCAAGUUUGACCCCCUCGAGACGGAACUGAGAAGGCGGGCAUGGUGGUGCCAGUAUUCCUUAGAUGCGUUCUCAAGCGCUUAUCAUGGAAUGCCCCGUCUGAUUCGUGAUCAAGAUGUUGAUACCGAUUUCCCGACAAGUGUCGAUCAUAACCUCUUGUCUCGCACUCAUGUCGAAUUCCCUUUACCGGGUGAGCGAUCACAAGUGGAUACAGCCAUUAGUCUGUUCAAGCUUGCUCGCAUUAUUGGCCGUACUCUCGAAGACCUCUACACUACAACUCGGCGCCGAGGAGGCGUUACUAAGAUUGCACGUCUACAAGCUGAGCUUAACAUGUGGGAGCGGGUUGUUCUUGAACCUGAGCUUGAAUCUGAGCCGGCCACGUCGAUGACUACCAAGUCUCUAGAGGCCACGUUUCUGAGAGUUGCACACUGCGUUGCUACAAUUCACAUACAUCGCCCGGCUUUGUCGUUUACAACUGCAGACCCCCAAUUCGUUUCAUCUCUCAAAGCAUGCGGGCAGGCUUCUGCUAAACUUGUUGAGUUAUUGUCUUCUAGUCUACGCACGCUGGGAACAAAUCAUGCCACAGGUCAAGUCAUGAUGAGCGACUGGUCAGAGACUUUGCUUGUCACACUUCUCUAUCCCAAUGGAAUACACAUGUUGUGGCAAGCAGGGCUAACAAUCCUCUUCACGGGCUGGAAAGGGUAUCCUGUAACAGUCGAUCAAGACGAGAAUCUGAUUCAAAUAUGUAUUGCAACUCUGAGGGAGUUUCAUAGGCAUACAGAUGAUGUUGGGAACCAUAUUGGCCAAUGUGCUGAUAUUUUGGAGCUACUUUGCAAGAAGGUCUUCUCUGAGUUGGAAACACUGCCUAAUCUUGAGCAGCUUCAGUGGAAUAUUUGGGAUUGGCCAAUAGCAUCAGCGCUGGAGCUUCCAUGUCUAUGGGACUGGAAGCUCAAAACUACCCUGUACUACGGGGAUCCUUGA